AAAAUAACAAACACAUUUGAGCCGUGUGCAAAAACAAGUCACCGGGUUACCUAACAGAACCGAAACAGAAACAACCUGUACCCGUUUAUUUCAGGCGUGACAGUUCUCAAUAACCUGAAAAUGACAGUCAAAGCUGUUUGUGUAUUGAAGGGAGACGGUAAAGUUGAGGGUGUCAUUACGCUAUCCCAGGAGGAUGAUUGUGUGCAUGUUACUGGGAAUAUAAAAGGUCUAGAAGAUGGCAAGCAUGGAUUUCAUGUGCAUCAGUUUGGAGACAACACUAAUGGUUGCACAAGUGCAGGUGCCCAUUUCAACCCAGAUGGCAAAGAACAUGGAGGUCCAGAUGAUGCUGAAAGACAUGUUGGCGACCUUGGUAAUGUAACCUGUGCUGGUGGUGACUGCAGAGUGGAUAUCAAGGAUAAGAUGAUCAGUCUUACAGGCGCAAAUUCUAUCAUUGGCAGAACAAUUGUGGUUAUCAAGCGUGAUCUGGUACGAGCAGUGGAGAAGAAAAGUCAGGAACUUGAUGGCAAAUUCCUAUUACAUCACGACAAUACACCGUCCCAUUCCUCUGUGGUCACAAAAAUUACACUGAGAGUGUUGGGAAUUGACACAGUGAAGCAUCCUGCAUAUUCCCCGGAUCUAGCACCGUUAGAUUUCUGGCUCUUUCCGACCUUGAUAUCAGAGCUGCGCGACAGUAGGUUUGAUGAUGUUGAUGACAGGAGCAUUUCAGGUCAUCCUUUGACAAGUGGAUGUGUAGGUUGGAGAAAUGUGUAUCAUGCAAAGGCGAAUAUUUCGAAAAGAUGUAAAUUUUAG